GUGCCCGUGCCGCGUCGCGUAAAUAACUCUUGCAAUGGCUACCCCACCCUCACCCUUUCCAAUUUGCAACGGAAAUAAACAAAAAUUCAAUUGGAAAAGAGCAACACAAUAAGUGAGUGAGUGCAGUGCAUCAUAUUUGUGCGAGCGCAAAGUGUACAACAACAAAAAGAGAAAAACAUAAGAAAGCAUAGAAAGUUCAUGUGAAAACAACAAUUGCGCAUUCCACGACAACGACCGCAGAAGCAACAACAACAACAAGAUUAAUAUAGGCAGAGAGUGAGAACAAGUUAAGGCACAGUGAGCAGAGAUGGCAACAGCAGGGCGCGCUUUGGAUACCAUCUCGUUAUGCUCCACAGUUUCAAGUUGCCCAGAUCGCAAUGGCUUCUACGGCGGAUUUCAGCGUACAGAGAAGCCCAAGGAGCCACUGUCAAAGGCACAGAUAAUAGCACGGGAAAAGAAAUGGCUGUAUAUGAUUGACAACUGGUCCAUAUAUAUGUCUAAAAAUUACAAAAAGAUACGCGACAGAUGCCGCAAGGGCAUACCGAAGUCGGUGCGUCCCAAGGCUUGGUUCUAUUUAUCUGGCGCCUAUUUGCUGAAAUUGAAAAAUCCUAAAGUGUACAGCGAACUGUUGGAAAAGCCUGGCAAUCCUGCCACCAUUGAGGAGAUUAAAAAGGAUAAACAUCGUCAGUUUCCAUUUCACGAAAUGUUUCUGGACGAGGAUAAAGUGGGACAGAUCGAGCUCUUUAAUGUGCUGAAAGCGUAUUCGAUUUAUAAUCCCAAAGUAGGCUUCUGCCAAGCGCAGGCACCAAUUGCCGCAUUCCUGCUUAUGCACCUGCCGGCUGAGGAUGCCUUCUGGGUAUUUGUGAGCGUAUGUGAUGUCUACUUGCAGGACUAUUUUAUACCUGGCCUCGAAGUGAUACAAAACGAUGCGGGUAUUCUGGAGGGUCUGCUAAAGAAAACCUGCCCGCCAGUCUACCGACACCUGCAAAAGCACAAAGUCGAACCAUUGCUUUAUAUGACAGAUUGGUUCCUGUGCGCCAUGACGCGCACUUUACCUUGGGAGACUUUGUUGCGUGUGUGGGAUUGCUUUCUCGCCGAGGGUAUACGUGUCAUAUUCAAGGUGGCGCUGGUGAUUAUUGGCGCCUCACUUAGUCGACACAAGGUGCGCAAAACAUGCACUGGCUUGUGUGAAACGUUGGGCGUACUUCGCUCGCCGCCGGAGCAUAUUAUGGAAGAGGAGUUCAUUAUCAACAACAUGAUGCGACUGAAUUUGCGCGUCGAGGACUUUCAAAUUGAACAUACGCGUCAGAAGGCACGACGUGCCAAGCAAAAGGCACAGCAGGAGGCUGAUGCCAGCACAAGCAGCAGCAAUGGCAGACGCAAUAUGCCCACAUUGUGAGCACACACGGAGUGCACAAAAGUAAACAAUAACUAUUAAAUAUUACGUACAUGCAUACAUAAAACAACAACCAUUUGUUACUAAACACACACAUAUAUAUAUAUAUAUAUAUACAUCGAUACACACAAACAAUUUGAAAGUGUGCACAAAUUGACGGGAACUGAAAUUUUCAUUAAACUUCAGACUAAAAUGCAACUGUUUAGUCAACAGUCAAUUAGAAAACAAAAACCACAUUCAUUCCAUGCGCAUACGAAACGUAUUAGAAUUUGUUUAUUAUCGUACAUACUUAAUAAGUUGGAAGCUUUUGUUUUAAUUUAAUACAUAUGAAAGAUUUGCAAUUAUUAUAU